AUGAUCACCCCCACAGACAAAACCUUCCUUAACCGCUGCAUCCAACUAGCCCGCGAAGCCCUCGAAGCAGGCGACGACCCCUUCGGCUCAAUCCUCGUAGACGCCAACGGCACCAUCCUCCAAGAACACCGCAACCGCAUCCACACCGAGUCCAACGUCAGUCUACACCCGGAAUUCACGCUUGCCAUCUGGGCGGAGAAGAAGCUUAGCCCUGCCGACCGCGCGUCAGCCACGGUGUACACCUCCGGCGAGCAUUGUCCCAUGUGUGCGGCUGCGCAUGCGUAUGCGGGACUGGGACGGAUUGUGUAUGCUAGUUCUUCGGAACAGUUGAAGGGGUGGAUGGGGGAGUUGGGGGUUAGUGAGGGGCCGGUGGCGGGGUUGGGGAUUAAGGAUGUUGCGCCGGGGGUGAGUGUUGAUGGGCCUGUGGAGGAGUUGGGGGAGGUGGUUUUUGAGUUGCAUCGGUUGAGACAGGAGAAAAUUCGAGAUGGAAAGUAA